AGUAAAGAAAAACCUCGGUAUUCUACAUAUAGAGAUUCAGAUACCAUUGCCUAUGUCAUGAAAUCAGAGUCCACAAGAAGACAACAUAAAAUGCUAUCGAUCCAUCGCUGUUUCUCGCUUCUGUUAUAAAUUAUGGAUACAAACAUAGAUGAAGAUGAGAAGUAGAAGGAGAAGAAACAUUUAGCUUUCAAGGAGUCGUAGAGGAGAGGAGGAGACAUGGCUCAGACAUGUGGGUUCAGCUCUGGAGAUAGUAGAUGGUCUCUCAAGGGAAUGACUGCUCUUGUAACCGGUGGAACUAAAGGAAUUGGGCAUGCAAUUGUGGAGGAACUGGCUGGAUUAGUAGCAACCAUACACACGUGUUCUCGAAAAGAAACCGAGCUCGAUGAAUGCUUAAAGGAUUGGAAAGCUAAAGGUUUUGGAGUGAGUGGUUCAGUGUGUGAUGUAUCCUCUCGGGCCCAAAGGGAGAAGCUAAUGGAGACUGUGUCUUCUGUGUUCAAUGGGAAGCUGAAUAUCCUUGUCAACAACGCUGCUAUUGUUAUUCAGAAACCAACAGUAGAGGUCACGGCAGAAGAGUUCUCAACAAUCAUGGCCAUAAAUUUUGAAUCUGUGUAUCAUCUGUCCCAACUCGCACACCCCCUUUUAAAGGCAUCAGGAGCGGGAAGCAUUGUGUUCAUCUCCUCUGUUGCAGGCGUAGUGUCACUCAAGUAUCUGUCUGCUUAUUCAGCGACCAAAGGAGCAAUGAAUCAACUUACAAAGAAUUUGGCAUGCGAGUGGGCGGAAGAUAAUAUUAGAAGUAAUGCAGUUGCUCCUUGGUACAUCAAAACUCCGAUGGUGGAUCAGAUGCUCAGCAACAAAACCUUUCUGGAAGGGGUGAUAAAUCGAGCUCCACUUCGCCGUGUGGGAGAUCCGAAGGAGGUGUCAUCUUUGGUGGCAUUCCUCUGUCUACCAGCAUCAUCUUACAUUACUGGACAGACUAUUUGUGUCGAUGAUAGUAGAUGGUCUCUCAAGGGAAUGACUGCUCUUGUAACUGGUGGAACUAAAGGAAUUGGGCAUGCAAUUGUGGAGGAACUGGCUGGAUUAGGAGCAACCAUACACACGUGUUCUCGAAAAGAAACCGAGCUCAAUGAAUGCUUGAAGGAUUGGAAAGCUAAAGGUUUUGGAGUGAGUGGUUCAGUGUGUGAUGUAUCCUCUCGGGCCCAAAGGGAGAAGCUAAUGGAGACUGUCUCUUCUGUGUUCAAAGGGAAGCUGAAUAUCCUUGUCAACAACGCUGCUAUUGUUAUUCAGAAACCAACAGUAGAGGUCACGGCAGAAGAGUUCUCAACAAUCAUGGCCAUAAAUUUUGAAUCUGUGUAUCAUCUGUCCCAACUCGCACACCCCCUUUUAAAGGCAUCAGGAGCGGGAAGCAUUGUAUUCAUCUCCUCUGUUGCCGGCGUAGUGUCAAUCAAGUAUCUGUCUGCUUAUUCAGUAACCAAAGGAGCAAUGAAUCAGCUUACAAAGAAUUUGGCAUGCGAGUGGGCGGAAGACAAUAUUAGAAGUAAUGCAGUUGCUCCUUGGUACAUCAAAACUCCGAUGGUGGAUCAGAUGUUCAGUAACAAAACCUUUCUGGAAGAGGUGAUAAAUCGAGCUCCACUUCGCCGUGUGGGAGAUCCGAAGGAGGUGUCAUCUUUGGUGGCAUUCCUCUGUCUACCAGCAUCGUCUUACAUUACUGGACAGACUAUUUGUGUCGAUGGUGGCGUGACUGUUAAUGGUUUUGAGCCAAACCUGUUCUAGGAACAUCAUUAAGACUCUCAAAAAUCUUAGCUUCCUCUACCGCUUUCCUGUUUGGAUCCUGUCUUUUUCCUGAAUAAUCUGUUUGUGGUGGUAAGUACUCUUCUGUUUUUUCGGUGUGGGGUUCAUUUGAAAACAUUGUUGCAUGAUGCUUAUAAUAAUCGUUGGAAAGUUUGUAAGAAGUUACUUAUCAUUGGAUGAGAUUCUUGUGAUGGGUGUUUCCUAUAAUCAGAUUUAUCUUGUUAU